AUGAUGACAUCCAUGGAAUCCCAGAGAGCCACUGAGCGUGAGCAAAGACUUCUCAGGGUGCCCCAUGACGAUGUUCUCCAAACGUUGCAACGUCUGGAUUGCCAACGAAGUGAACAACGGGAAGCAUCCUUGAAGCGUCGCAGGGAACAGGCGCCGUUACCAACACCGUCCCCUACACAGUUCAAAAGGCAGCGACUCAUGUCGGAAGUUGUCCAACGGCAGCGUGCUUCUGUUGAUUCACUGGUGCAAGGCUAUGACGCUCGCUUUCACGGCAAGGCGCGCGCGUCAGCAACAAGAUCUUGGUGCAAAGAGGUUCCCCUUUCCCUGCAAGUGAAGGCAGCGAAGUCGUUCUACGAGGCAUUCACGAACGAAAACACGUUACCUAUUGCCCAUUGCGUUCUAUGCUACGAGAAACGGAUGCCUUGUGAGCUCACAGCCGUCGAAUGGAAAUACUUUCUCACGCCCUCUGUUCUUCAACAAGCUACGACGGUUUUGCAGCAAUGCGCGGCGUGCUUUCCUCGACACAAUGCCGCUCUGGUCCAGGUGUGUCGAGGAUGCCGCACCGACGUGGAAGAUGGGAGGCUACCUAAAGCCUGCUCGGUUAAUAACAUGGAUAUUGGCUGCGAACAUCGAUACCCCGAGGAACUCGAUGACCUCUCUCCCGUUGAAGAGAGACUCAUCGCCCUGCACACUCCUUUCGGCUGCAUAACUAAGUUCACGGUCGACAACAAAACCCCUUCAGGGAUGAGCUACCGCAAGCACGUUAAGGGCCAUAUCGUCGUCUUCCCGAACAAGGUCGAGGACCUUGUUGCCACCGUCCUUCCCCAUCCUUUGCUGCAGGCCAUUGAGAACAUCCACAUAUCUGCGGAUAGCUUGAUUCUUUGUCCAGCGCUUUCAUGA